GCUCUGCAGGCUCUGGAGGGGGCAGUUAAAGAGCACAAUCGUCGUCAGCUGGAGUGUCAAAGAUGCGUUCUCUGCCUCUUCCCAGAAUGUACCAGUCUCAGCGUACCAUGUAGAGAAAAAGACAAAGCAGCAGAGAUGGAGCCAACCUGUGAGGAUCUGCUGACUGCAGAAAAUGAAGCUGAUCCAGUGGAAAGGAGCUGGUCAUUGAGUCAACUGUGUGGCUUUUAUCAGCGCUUCUGCUCAGAGGUGAACAGCACAUCACAAGCUUGCAUCAAGGCUAUGGCUGGACACUGCCAUCUCAAGCUGCAAGAGUGCAAAUUGGAAAGUGACAUGGAUUAUCUCAGUGACUCACCAGAUGAAGAAAUGACCUGUGGACAGACUAUAUCAGCUGUCAUUAACAGCACUGUCCCAAAGGUCGUAUAAUUGGAGGAGUGUUACCUCACCAGGGUCUUG